CAGUGACUUCCUGUCAGCAGUAGAGUGAAAAGUGACGGCAGGACAGGAGAGAAACAGAAGAUCUUCACUCACAGACGCCGGUAUGCUGGUGUUCAGGUGUGCUCUGGUUCUUGUGUGUGUGUCUCUGGUGGGUUGUGAGAUCAGACGUCUGACUGAUCAGUGGAUAACCUGGAAAUCACAACACAACAAGACCUACAGUAACACAAGAGAGGAGCGUCUCAGGAGGGGUGUGUGGGAACAGAAUCUGCAGGAUAUUCUCCUCCAUAAUGAAGCGGCGGCCGCCGGUCUGCACUCAUACACACUGGGGCUGAACCAGCUCAGCGAUAUGACUGCAGAGGAAGUCAAUGAUAUGAACGGUUUACUAGAGGAGGAUUUCCCCGAUGUGAACGCCACCUUCAGUCCUCUGUCACUGCAGACGCUUCCACAGAGAGUCAACUGGACGGAGCACGGGAUGGUCAGUCCUGUGCAGAAUCAGGGCCCAUGCGGCUCCUGCUGGGCGUUCAGUGCUGUGGGUUCUCUGGAGGCUCAGAUGAAGCGCAGGACUGCAGCUCUGGUUCCUCUGAGCGCUCAGAAUCUGCUGGACUGCAGUGUGAGUUUGGGGAACCGCGGAUGCAAAGGGGGAUUCCUGAGCAGAGCCUUCCUCUACGUCAUCCAGAACCACGGCAUCGACUCCAGCACGUUCUACCCCUACGAGCACAAGGAGGGUGUGUGCAGAUACUCAGUGUCAGGAAGAGCCGGAUAUUGCUCCGGCUUCAGAAUUGUUCCUCGUCACAAUGAAGCAGCGCUGCAGAACGCCGUCGCAAACAUCGGGCCAGUGUCUGUCGGCAUCAACGCUAAACUGUUGUCCUUCCACAGAUACAGAAGCGGCAUCUACAAUGACCCAAAGUGCAGCUCGGCUCUGAUCAAUCAUGCGGUUCUGGUGGUCGGUUACGGCUCAGAAAAUGGACACGAUUACUGGCUGGUGAAAAACAGCUGGGGGACAGCAUGGGGUGAAAACGGCUUUAUCCGCAUGGCAAGAAACAAAAACAUGUGUGGCAUAUCCAACUUUGGCAUUUAUCCCACCAUCUGAUCUGAUCUGAUCUGAUCGUCCUGAAUAACUCAUCAUCAGAGUCAGGGAUAUCUUCCUGUAUACACACUUUACAGCUUUUACACUGCUUUUAAACGGUUUGCUUGUCGGAAACACUUCAGCAUUUAUAACGCAGUGGGUGGAGCAUUCAGAUACCGCACUGUAAACAAUAUUCAUGCUAUUUUGGGUGUAUUUGCGGAGGUGAACUGCAUUAUGGGAUGUUGAUCUCUGCUCUGUCCACUUCUGAUGAUAAAAACUCAACUCUACAGUUUAACACAGAGACUUUUAGUGACAUUUUAGUGGUUUAAAAUAAUAUAAUAAAUAAUAUGUAGAGGAAUAAGUGUGUAAAUAACAGUAAAUGUGCUGCAGUUUAUACAAGGGUUCUGUAGUGUAAUAA